UUAAUAGCCUACAGCGCCAUCAGUACAUCAUACAGUAAGCCUAAGGGUUCAAUGAAUCUUUUUUCUUUAGCAGAAAUAAAGUUCUAAGUAAUGCUUUUUUGAAAAGAUACAUGCCAUUACAUUAGUAUUGCAAUUACUAGAAUAUAUUAUGCACUCAUAGAAAAAGUUGGAUUAUCAUGAGAUAAGCAGCCCCUAACAACUCAGUUAUUAAAGAAGGAAACUCUCAGAGAGUUUUGUGUAUGCAGACAACAAUUAAUCAAUGUUGGUAUACUCCUACAGUUACUAGCUCAAGACUUUCUAACAUUGUUUACAUCAGGUUUAAUGCAAAGGUCACUCCAAACCAGACAACAGCCCUGUUUUGGACACUUUAACUUUUCUCCACUAGAUGGAGCCAAGUGUUUUUUUUUCUCCAUCUUUGGCAGUCUUCACAACAAUACUUCAGACAUUCACAAUGCUUCACAACAGCCGACCGGUUGUCUGGCAUCCAAUGUACCCCUUCCUAACUGUCAUAUAUACGCUGCUGUUGAUGCAACUGUUGAGCGUAGAUAGAUCUAAUGCCAUUUUUCCUGGGGAAGGAAUGGCAGUCUGUCACUGUGACCAGGGCAAUGAGCAACUUUUACAGUGACAGCAUGUCUACCUGAUUACAAACACAUUCAGACAUGCUUUGAAAUAACAACACAUAUAUAGUGCAUCCAUUAGAUAGCCAGUCAUAUGACUAUUUUGUGAAGCCCUGAUGGUAGGUCAUUGUCACAGUUUAAUUUGUCUACCCAGCUGUCUGAGUUAAGCAAAAAACAAAACAAAAACAUUUGUCAGUUUUCAUAAUUUUCUGUUAUUCUUGACAUAUCUUGUAGUGAAUAAUUGUCCUCUCCUGUUGCCGUCUCUUGAUACUGGUCAGAGGCCAUCUUUAUUUUUGAGAGCCAGUGUCACUUAUGUCACUGGAGCAGACGGAUUCCCCUGUGGGUGUUUAUGUGAGGUGGACCUCACUAAAGAGGAGGUCUCCCAGAGAGCCACUUCCCUGGCCAGUCAGUUAUGGAGGCCCAUGUCAACAUGGGUCAUGGGGUUCAUCAUUUGUUUUUCCCCUCCUAUGUGAACUCCAGUGCCCUAUUGUGCCUAAUAAACAGUGUCCUUCAGAUUUUACGGUGUGCUUCUCUGUGACAUUCUCAGAUUAUUGACUGUUGAAAGAGUGCCUUGUUGUGGUGAAGUACAGUGUACACUAUACGUUAAUCUGAUGCAACCACAGGUAUUUUCUUUACCUCUACUGCUGUGUUUCGGUGAAGGCCUCUAAAUCAGAGGGCAUGUCUAGUUAAUACACAAAGCUGUUGUGGACCAUGGACUACUGGUGGUCAGACUGCUGUAAUCAUGGAUAUAUACUGUAUUUAACCAUAAGCACAUAUAAAAUCGCUCUGUACUCUGAUAUUACAACCGAAAAUGUAGCUAUGUCCUCAGACAUAUACAGUCACUGCCGCUCUUUCCCUCACUGCAUUUCAGUUGGAGCAAAUUAUGUCCCAAGCACAUGGGACCUCACAUAUCACAAAGCAUGCCUGUUGGAAGGGCUUAGCCCUCUAUAUCAGGACGAAUUACAGUCUUAUUUAUUUGAUUACACAACAUGAAACUAUUCCAAAGACUUGAGGUCAUUGUUUGGGUUUUAGUUUUUGCAGUGCUUUUUAGAGGCCUGCAGUGAGCGUGUUUCUUUUGCCGGAUGUGGCUGAUUUUGCCGGUGUUAUUGCGAAAGGUGAGGAGUCGAGCUGCUUGUUGGGUUUACUGUGAGUGCUGUGUGUAAUGGACAGGAUGACACAGCCAUUUCUGAGCUUCAGGAACUACUCACAGGUCAUCCACCCUCAUCACGUCGCCAUCUGACUCUUGAUGAACCCCAUUGGAUGGGAUGCUGUUGGGUCCAGGAAAUAACCAAUCAGCAGUUAUGUUUAGCAGCAGAGGGUGUGCUCUAAAAUGCAGGCUACUAUUGGUCAGUGAAUGGUGUGUGUUCCACGCUAACUCUGGGAACGCUGUCAAGUCUGCUGUGGAUACUUCAUGACUGUCAAGUGAUCUACUGUAUCUAUGUCAGUUUGUUAAGAAAUGAGAAAGGGAAAAGAAAACAUGUUUCUCCAUGAUGUAUCCAACUAAUUUGGGAACUGACAGUUCGGUCAGUGGUUUGGUCAUAAAAUAAUUACUUGACUUACUUACUUGACUUAAUGGCUUCUACUAUCUAUGUAUCUAAUAUCUACUAUAUCUAAGUCUGUGUAAGGACAUUGUAAUCAGAACAAUAUCUCAGUGUUUACUGUAGUAUCACCACAGAAAGGUCCUGAAGUAGAUGGAGUGGGAUCCUAUUAGAACUCAACUUUGAUAUGAAGUUAUUUCUCUUCCUAUGGCAUCAUCAUUUUGAAUAUGAUAGUAAUUAGGUACAGUCAUUUGUAAUGGCCAUCCUGAUAAUAUAAUUUUAUCACGUCAUAAACAUAAUUUUAAUACAUGUUCCUGUGUAUUUUAUACAUGUUCCUGUGCAUUUAAUACAUGUCCCUGUGCACCUGUGCUCUGUUUUCGUGUUGAUAUUUUCAUGUUCCAAUGAUCCAUGUGACACAAGACAAGCACACAUUUAUAGUUUGUGUUUAGUGAAUGGUUUAGCAUGACUGUGUCAAAACUUGCGCAAUUUCUUAGGAGUGUGUGCAUAUGAUACUGCAGCAACAUCUGACAGACGCAGUGCCACCUGCUUAUAAAGCCAUUCAAAAGCAUGGGCAUGCUUUCAUUACGAUUUCGACUUAUUUAUUAUUUAUCUGUUUUGCUGUAUUAUUUUUUUUCCAGAGGAGAUAGGAGGAUAUUUGGUGUGAAAGGAACAUUAGGUGUGUGAAGAAAGAAGUGUGUGUGUGUGUGUGUGUGUGUGUGUGUGUGUGUGUGUGUGGGAGGGGGGGGUGCCCUCACUCAGCCCCCUCCCCUCCCCUCCCACACACACACACACACACACACCACCUCCCUCCUCUGGUCUGAUGGAAUGCUGUGUGACUGUGGUAUUUUUAGACUGGGCCAGUUGAAAUAGUGACACUCAGGCCUCAUUCAACAUAAACACAACUCACUCUCCUUCCAUGUGGCACCUAUGAACCAGUGAGCAAGAUAGUGCUGGAAAUCCGAUUUGAGCCACAGUCUGCGGUGACCCCGUCAUAACCCAGCCGCAGAGAAGACACCCACUCAAGCGGGCAUACAGAGAGCCUUCAGGGGUCUCAAUGUUAGAAAACAGAGCCUGUGAGAUUUCUGAGGAGGACCGGGGAACAAGGAGAAGGUAACGAAGUUGGGAGAUGAUUCACUCUAGGCAUGGUGGGGAAUUGGAACCGGCAUCACAAAUCACAGAUUCCUGGACCAGCUUCAAACUGUUCUUGGAGGAGACGUCUUCUUUCAAGCAACAGAACCCUGGAAAGUUCUGCCUGCUUGUAUGCAGCUUGUGCUCCUUCCUGGCGGUUCUUGGACGCUACAUUCCUGGAAUUGUCCUCUCAUAUAUAUUAGUGCUUGGCAUCUUCCUCUGGCCCCUGGUGUCAUCACAUGACUUCGGACUGUGGUUCGAGCCAGUUCUGCAGAAACUGGACUUUGGACUAGGACAGUUCCUUCAGAAGAUCAAAGAAAACCAUGAGAAGAGAGUCCUCCAGGCCCAGGAAGAACAUGAGAGCAUCGAGGCUGACCUGUCUUCUCUUUUCCCCAAGCUGGACUCAACUGUGUAUAAGGAGCUGUCCCUAUCAGACACAGAGCCCUCAGAAGUGACAUGGACAGAAAAUGGCACCUUCAACCUGUCCGAAGGGCACUCACCACAAACAGAGAACUCAGAAGACCUGGACCGACCCAGCGACCAUGAGGAGCUGUUUGCUGGCGGCCUCCCAGACUUCCCAUCGCUAGAUAACGGUCUGGGGACCAACGGCGACGACGAUGAAGACCUCAGCAUCGGUCUGCCCUCCCCGGCGCCCCAGACAAAGCCCAAACACAAACAGCGUAGCGAGCAGGGCAGGGCGUCCCUGGCGGCCGAGCAGCGUCCAGACCCCACUCUGCAGCUGGUGGAGCGCAUGGCCGGCGACGUCAUCGCCGCCGCCGUCACCGCUGCCAUCCAGGAGCGGCUGGAAGCGACCGUGGCCUCCGCCAUGAGCCCAGCCUCCGCGGACGCCGCCUGCCCAUCCUUCUCGUCGUCCUCGUCCGCCUCCACCCCGCCGGCCGCGCUGGCCCAGGCUCUGGCCGAAGACUCGGACAGCGAGGCGGAGGACUUUGAGCUGCUGGAUCAGGCCGAGCUGGAGCAGCUGGAGGGGGAGCUGGGCCUGGAGAGGGCAGGGGGUCGGGCGGCCCAGGCCCAGCCCAGGGGCGGUAGCAGGCCCGCGGGCUUCUUCUCCAAACUGCUGGGCCGCCACUGACCAGGCAGAUGUGGGUGUUUAGCCAGAGAUUGUGAACGGUGGGUUGGGUGGGUGUGCAGGGACUCUGGUGGGUUGACAAGUGGCGAUUUUCCUUGUUAUUUACUUUAAUUAGACAUGGGGUUUGGCACGCUGUGAGGGAGGGAGAACACAGGGAUGGUUGAUCUAAGAGAUUUCUGUCCAUGUUGAUUUCUUUUUUCCAAAAUGAUAUUCAUAGAAAUAUUUAAAUAUUUCAAGGAAUAUUUUAAGAAACUUUCCAUUACAGGAGUGAAGGAAUUGUCUAUAAAUGUAUAGAAAAGUUAUGGGAAUGGGCAGACCGUUGCAUUUUCCUUUUUUACAGAUUAUUUUUCAGUGCAUGGUACUGUCAUGCGGCCAAACAAUCACAGAUUUUCACAGAUGCCCAAAUCUGGUCAUUAGACCCAUUGUAGUGUCUAAACUCUUUGUACAUUUAUAGUCAAAGCCAAACUAGAAUUUGCAUCAACUGUGCUACAAACCCACCCAGAAUGUAUGGCAGGAAAGUCACCCCUUUUGAUUUUGCAUUUUUGUUUUCUAAUUUUGUAUUUUGUUUUUUCAUUAAGUUUUGACCUGUUGUCAGCCAGGGAAAUGUUGCAGAAAGCAUCAAAUCUCAAUGUUAUAUAUAUAUAUAUAUUUUUGCAUGCAUAGCUGUGUUUUCAUGUAAACAUGUAAACAUUUUAUGUGUACUUGCACCUUAAUAUGUGAUUGAUACAGCUAGGCACUUGAAGUCAAGGUAUCAUAAACUGGACCUUGUGCAAUUAUAAUACCAUUAAAUAUUUCUUGAAUGUAA